CACGCAUUAGCUACCACAACCAAAUUAACACAUUUCUCAAUAAAAUUCUUUAUUCGUCCCUUCCCGUCCCCCACGCCCAAUAACUAAUAUGGACUCAGUGAAGCUGCAGAAUAAUGGCCACCAAAAUGGCUUCUGCGUCAAGGUUGAUCCUUUGAACUGGGAGGUGGCUGCCGACUCAUUGAGGGGGAGCCACCUGGAUGAAGUGAAACGCAUGGUGGCCGAGUUUAGGAAGCCGGCGGUGAAGCUCGGCGGAGAGACGCUCACGGUGGCUCAGGUGGCAGCUAUCGCCUCCCGCGACAAUGCCGUCACGGUGGAGCUCUCCGAGGAGUCCCGCGCCGGCGUUAAGGCCAGCAGUGAUUGGGUGAUGGAUAGCAUGAACAAAGGGACUGAUAGCUACGGCGUCACCACCGGCUUCGGCGCCACCUCUCACCGUAGAACCAAACAAGGUGGCGCUCUUCAGAAGGAGCUCAUUAGGUUUUUGAAUGCUGGAAUAUUCGGCAAUGGAACAGAAUCAUGUCACACUCUUCCCCAUUCAGCAACAAGAGCCGCCAUGCUUGUCAGAAUCAACACCCUUCUUCAAGGAUACUCUGGCAUUAGAUUUGAAAUCUUGGAAGCAAUCACUAAAUUGCUGAACCACAACAUUACCCCCUGCCUGCCCCUCCGUGGCACAAUCACUGCCUCCGGUGACCUUGUCCCGUUAUCCUACAUUGCUGGCUUGAUCACCGGCCGCCCCAACUCCAAGGCCGUCGGACCCAACGGGGAGACCCUCAACGCAGAGGAAGCUCUGCGGUUAGCCGGAGUGAACGGAGGAUUUUUCGAGUUGCAGCCCAAGGAAGGACUUGCCCUCGUUAAUGGGACCGCCGUUGGUUCUGGCAUGGCCUCUAUGGUUCUUUUCGAGGCUAACGUUCUUGCAGUGCUGUCUGAGGUUCUGUCGGCUAUUUUUGCUGAAGUCAUGAACGGGAAACCAGAAUUUACCGACCAUUUGACGCAUAAGUUGAAGCAUCACCCCGGGCAGAUUGAAGCUGCUGCUAUUAUGGAACAUAUUUUGGACGGCAGCUCUUACGUGAAGGCGGCUCAGAAGAUGCACGAAAUGGAUCCUUUGCAGAAACCCAAACAGGAUCGCUAUGCCCUCCGCACUUCGCCGCAAUGGCUCGGCCCUCAGAUUGAAGUCAUUCGUGCUGCAACCAAAAUGAUUGAGAGGGAGAUCAACUCUGUCAACGACAACCCUCUCAUAGAUGUUGCCAGAAGCAAGGCCUUGCACGGUGGCAACUUCCAGGGUACACCAAUCGGUGUGUCUAUGGACAACUCAAGAUUAGCCCUUGCAUCUAUCGGCAAGUUGUUGUUUGCCCAGUUCUCUGAGCUUGUGAACGACUAUUACAACAAUGGGUUGCCUUCUAAUCUCACAGCAGGGAGGAAUCCAAGCUUGGAUUAUGGUUUCAAGGGCGCUGAAAUCGCCAUGGCUUCUUACUGCUCCGAGCUGCAAUUCUUGGCUAAUCCGGUUACUAACCAUGUCCAGAGUGCUGAGCAGCACAACCAGGAUGUGAACUCCUUGGGUUUGAUCUCAGCUAGGAAGACUGCUGAAGCUGUGGACGUGUUGAAACUCAUGUCAUCCACUUAUCUCGUGGCGCUUUGCCAAGCUAUUGACUUGAGGUUCUUGGAGGAGAACUUGAGGAAUGCUGUGAAGAAUGCAGUUACACAGGUAGCUAAGAGGACUCUCACUAUGGGUGCUAAUGGAGAACUUCAUCCCGCAAGGUUUUGCGAGAAAGACUUGCUCCGAGUGGUGGACCGCGAAUAUGUCUUUGCAUAUGCCGAUGAUCCCUGCAGUGCUAACUACCCACUGAUGCAGAAACUCCGCCAAGCCCUGGUUGAUCACGCCUUGCAGAACGGGGAAAGUGAGAAGAACACCGGCACUUCAAUUUUCCUAAAGGUUGCAGCUUUUGAAGAUGAAUUGAAGGCUGUUCUGCCAAAAGAAGUUGAGGCUGCAAGGAUCGCUGUAGAGAGUGGGAACCCGGCUAUUCCAAACAGGAUUAAGGAGUGCAGGUCUUACCCAUUGUACAAGUUUGUUCGUGAAGGCCUGGGCACCGAGUUGCUGACCGGAGAGAAGGUCCGGUCACCGGGCGAAGAGUGUGACAAGGUGUUCACAGCUAUGUGUGAGGGAAGUAUCAUAGAUCCUUUGCUGGAAUGUCUUAAGAGCUGGGAUGGUGCUCCUCUUCCUAUCUGUUAAUUUAUUUCAAUUCAUUGCUUAUUUUCAAUGUAAUAUAUACAUUUUAUUUUAUUUUUCUGGAGUUAUGCUACUUGGACAUGUUUUGGCUUUUGGUAAAAUCCAGUUGUAAUCUUUUCUGGAAUGCUUCUCUCUGUAGGGAUGUAGCUACAUGUGCUUUUCUGUUCAGUAAAAGAUAAAUGAGUAGGCACUGUUGUGGAA